AUGGCGACAGAAUACAAAUUCGAGGGAUGGAUGGGGCUGGAUGCCGACUCUGCCAAUGGUAACAUGGUCUGGCAGGAGUACGAGCCUAAGCCUUGGGAGGAGACUGACAUCGACAUCAAGGUCACCAACUCUGCUGUCUGUGGAUCGGACGUCUGCACGCUUUCUUCAGCCUGGGGUCCGACUCCCUACCCUUGCGUCGUCGGACAUGAGAUCGUUGGCGUAGCUGUCCGAGUCGGGUCCAAGGCGGAGGGUGGCAUCAAGGUCGGCGACAUUGUGGGAGUUGGUGCUCAGUCCGAUUCAUGCCUGGGUCGUGAUGGUCCUUGCCAGGAGUGCAGCAAUAAUUGCGAGAGUUACUGCGCCAAGGUUGUGGGAACAUAUGCAUCGGUGCACCGCAAUGGGGCAAAGUCCUACGGCGGUCAUGGCUCAUACCACCGAUGCCCUUCGCACUUCGUGAUAAGAAUUCCCGAAGGUCUUGCGCCGGAACAUGCUGCUCCUCUCCUUUGCGGCGGGAUUACUGUGUAUUCACCCCUCAAGCACUUUGGUGCUGGCCCAGGCACGAAGGUGGCUGUCGCCGGUGCCAGCAAGCGUCAGGAAGCUCUGGAACUCGGCUGCGAUGAAUACAUCGCUACCGAUGACGAUGACGGCUGGGUAACGCACAACACUCGUCGAUUCCAUCUCAUCAUCUGCACCGUCUCCUCUGACAAGAUGCCGUUGCAAGAUUACGUCGACGCCCUGCGUUUCGAUGGCACUCUGGUGCAGGUUGGAGUUUUUAAAAAGCCAAUGCAGGUGGGAAGCCUGAACCUGGCUAUGGGCCGCCGCAGAAUAGCCGGGUCAAUCAUUGGUAGCCCCAGUGAAAUUCGCGAAAUGCUUCAACUGGUGGUAGACAAGAACAUUAAGCCAUGGGUCGAGAAACGGCCCAUGAAAGAUGCCAACCAGGUCAUGAUGGAUAUGCAGGCAGGCAAGGCGAGAUUCCGGUACGUACUUCAGAACUAG